AGAAGGCCUCGUCAUUCUAUGUGAUUCAAGCAGGAUACAGAGAAAAGGACAUUUCAAAUAGAAGAUUUAUCAGAAAACGAUUAUACAACAAGAGGGAGAACUGAGACACACACAUCCAGUGAGCAGACUGACAAAACCCUCUGGGCUCCACCUCCUUCCACCCCCUUAACUCAUUCACAAGAUAACUGAGAAUACCCGCAUUCACAAAACACAGUGUCAGGGAUCAGCACCACCUCUCAGCAUUCAGGAAAGAUCAGGCUGUGCUGAUCAGGGAUGUACACACAGGCAGCUAAGACAACAUCCCUCUAGCUCAAUCUUGCUGCACACAACCCUGUAUAUAAUUAUAGAUUCAUAGAUGUUUAUGGAAGAUAUACAUUGAACUGCGGAUUUAACGGAAAGACUGUUGGUGAUGCGGCUUCAGCCUUGGGAGUGUGCAGUGCUCUUGUGUGAUUACAUCUGUCUGUAGCAUCUAUGGAUCUCUGAUGCUUAGCCGCAUACCUUGUGUGUGAUUGCUGUCUGCUGCUGGGGUGCUUAGGGGGGGGGGGGAACACCGUCCCUUCUGGAGGAGUAUUGAUUCAGACUUUUCCUAGAGCUGGGAUGCAUACAAAGAGCAAGAUAGAGAAUCAGUAACUACCUGGAUCAGGGUGGGGACUGUAUACAGUCAAUGCAACAUGGAUCUAAAGUAUCACAUAGGAUCUUCCGAUGUACCAUGAUGGAUAAUACCACUUAAAAUUGUUACUAUCCAAAGAUUGACUGUAGUUUCAUAAAUAAGGGAAGGAGCUGAAAGAUCAUGGAUAUUUCUACCGGAGACAUCCAACAGGUUCUUUCCAUUGACCAAAUCCGGUCAAUCAGAGCCAACAAUGAUUAUGUGGAGAGACCCAAUGUCUCAUUCUUGCAAACCUGGUCUAACCCUUCCCUAUCCCAACAUGCUGCAAAGCAAGAGUGGCCUAAUGAUCAACUGGUGUCCCACAACCACCAGGAUCUUCAUCGCAGCCAAAGCCAUCAACACCAUUCACAACAUCUUAUGCAUGAUCUCAGUCAUUCCAGUACAAUAAGCUCAGUUUCUCAAAGCACCACAGCUUCAGAUCAGAGAUUGCUAGCGGGAAUCACCCCAUCUCAAUCAGGGCAUUCACUUAUGAGGACACAGCCCAAGGAUGGUGACCUGAAGCAAGAUCAAUUUAUAAAAGGCAUAAUGGAAAAGUCGGACAGAUAUGUCGGCCACCUUUUCAUCUGUGAGGAGUGUGGGCGUUGCAUAUGUGAUGAGUGUACGCAAGUUCGGAAACUCCCUUCAUGUUGGAUUUGUGACCAGCGCUGCUUGUGCUCGGCUGAAAACGUCAUCGACUAUGGAACAUGCCUUUGUUGUAUCAAGGGCCUCUUCUACCACUGCUCUUCUGAUGAUGAGGACAAUUGUGCUGAUAACCCUUGUUCUUGCAGCCAGGGAUCCUGCUGUGCUCGUUGGGCAGUCAUGAGCUUCCUUUCUUUCUUCAUGCCCUGUCUAUGCUGCUAUCCUCCUAUGAAAGGCUGCCUGACCCUCUGCCAGAAGGGCUACGACAAAGUGAAAAGACCAGGCUGUCGUUGUGAAAACCACACCAACACGGUCUGCAGGAAAAUUUCCUCAUCUAGUGGCACACCAUUCCCAAGGCCUUUCGACAAGCCUGUAUGACCUAAGAUGGCCAUGUUGGAUAUGAUCCUGCUUCCUUUUCACCCUCAAUACUUCCUGCUCUCCUCUUUUUGGAAACAAUUGGUGCCAGAGUCAGCGAAAGCCUUACCAAGACCCCAUAAACAAUUCAGGAAUUUAAGAAAGAUUUUAACAGAAUAUAAUUUGGAUAAAAGAUAUAAUUAAAGAGAAAAUAUCAGAAAAAAGUAGAUACCUUUAAAACUUCACCACUUUCUGCAGGAAUAUCAGUUUUGGCUGCAUAUUGAUACUGAGACGUCUACCACAAUAUCUCCUCUGAGUAGGAUUUGGCACUCCAGGAUGGAGUUCAUGUAAAAAGUGAUUGAAGAUGAGAUCUUCUAAUUGGACUUUUUCACAACCUAAAUCUUUUAAACAAAAGACAGAACUGUUGUCAGUGUAGUGAACAGAUUUGAUAUAUGGUGAAAUAUCCUCUGACCUUGUCAGCGGGGCUGAAUUUAGGAAGGAAUCACAAUAUAGAAAUGUAAAACACAAGAUCGACUUCAAAAGCCUAUGAUAAACAUGACAUUGUGUGCACUUUAAUUUAGCAGACAUAGCAAUUGCAUAAGGAACUGUACUUUGUAAAGCAGUAUAGACAUUAGUGGUAAAAUGUAAACACGAAUCAAACAGGGAAGAGGGGAGACCAUCUUCAGAAGAUGAUUGGAUUGGUUGAAGUAGAGUAACUGCCUGAAUAAUCCACACCUAUAGUACAUGAUCCAAUGGAAAGCUAGGGGGCCAAUUUUAUUUAUUUAUUUUUUUCAUUUGAAUUCAAGAAGGAAGUGUUUAGUAAACUUGUCAAUUAGAUACAAUGCAUUUUGUCACAUAUCAUAAUAUGAUGUAAACCAAAGAAGAUAUAUUUUGCAUGGAUAGGUCAUGUUUCACUUCUUUCUUACCUAUAUUAAUAUAUUUCUCCAUUCUGCAGCCAUUACUCCUCAGGUGGCAUUCAAAACUUUGAUUUAAAUAAUUAUUGCAUACUGUAGAAACCUUACUGGAAGCAUUUGUAGGUCUUCUUUUGUGGUGGAUUAAUUGCACAAUGGUCCUCCUUGGGCAGGAAUUCACAUUAUUUCCCCCAUUCAUUUGUGCAUAUUUAUUAAAUUGUCUAAUAAUCCCUCCAAAACAGGUACAAAUUGCAUUGUUUAGGAUAAAUGACCAUGCGGGCUAUCUAUACAUCUAGAACUCAACACUAUACCACAUUAUCUCUUAUUGACACUUUGUGCUGAAGCCUCACUAUAUAUUGCACUUAAUAAUAAGCAGUGAACCUAUGAAAAAAAUAUAUCCAUACAUGUAAAGGUGCUUUUAGCCAUAUAUUGUUCCAGCUAAUCUAUUGUUCAUGAUUCAUGCUUGAAAGUAGGGUUAUUCUGGACAUAGCUAAAUCCAUAAUCAUCAUUUAUAAAACGCUCACUGUUGCAUCAAAGCGGCUUGGCAUUACUGAACUGGUAUUCUCAGAGAUAUUUUUUUGGAGUUCUGGCAAAAUACAGCAUCUAACUGUUGUUCAACUACAUGUCCUAUGGUACUUUGUAGUAGCCGCAGUUGGAGAACGAGUUACUCAUCCCUAUUAUUAUAACCUGGAUUUAAUAUAGUAUUAAUAUAUAAAAAUGUGUAGGGUCUAGUCCCCAUGGUGCUCAUAUGCAUGUCUCAAUGUCUCACACAACAGUCCACAGACACACAGUUGUGAAAGUAAUCAGUUCUGUAAACCAUAGCAAUUGUCAGAUGUUAGCUUAAUUAGAUCUGCUAUUCUAUACAGCUAAAAUCUGAUUUUGGCACUAAGUACAGCAUUGUACUCUAGCAGGUUAUUAAAUAAGCUCCAUAUACUUACUGUUUUUUGGAAUUCUGUGGUUUGAAUGUGACUGGAAAAUGCUACCCUUUGUCUUCAACAGAUGUAGACAACUGCAGAUAAGCAACAAGUCCCAGUUUACCCCAUCCAAUAGGAAGUUUUACAGCAGCAAGAGUCACAGGAAUCUAUGUAUUAAACCUUGGAGAGAAGAAAAUUGAAUGGAGAUAAAGUGCCAGCCAAUCAGCUCCUAAUUGCCAUGUUACAGGUUGUUUUUGAAAAUUGACAGUUACUGUAGGAGCUGGUUGGUUGAUAUUUUUUCUCCACUUUAUCUCUCUUUAAAUCUUAGUACACAGACCCUACAGUCUCAUUUUUGUUUUUGUUUAAAACACACAACCCAAGCAACCAAGGAAGGUUGUACUUUAAAUCACUAUUUAGUAGAGAUGAGCGAAAUUUCACACAGGUUGAGUUUGACAGCGGAACAGGAAGUAUUGCAUGGGUGGUAAGAUCCAGGGGUAUAAUCAUCAUAUACUGCCAUUCUGCAGAGAACCCUUCCAUAUGGUAUGUUUACGUUAGCAUUUUGGGAAUUUUAUAGUUAUGAAUUGAGCUGGAGCAACAUUAAUCAAGUCAUUAUGAUGUGCUGUGUGGUUCAGACAGGCUGGGAGUACGUAUAGGCAAAUUCCGCCAGCAGAAUGUGCAAAAUUUCACAGCCACAUAGCAGAACGUGACGAAAAGUUAAGGCAUCAGUUGUAAAAAUUUCACUCAGCUCUACUAUUUACAAACCAUUCAGACUUUUUUUCUGAUUAUAUUGUAUUUUGGAGGUAAUUCCAAGUUGAUCGCAGCAGGAAAUUUUUUAGCAGUUGGGCAAAACCAUGUGCACUGCAGGGGGGGGGGCAGAUAUAAUAUUUGCAGAGAGAGUUAGAUUUGGGUGGGUUAUUUUGUUUCUGUGCAGGGUAAAUAUUGACUGCUUUAUUUUUACACUGCAAUUUAGAUUGCAGAUUGAACUCACCACACCCAAAUCUGUCUCUCUCUGCACAUGUUAUAUCUGCCUCCCCUGCAGUGCACAUGGUUUUGCCCAAUUGCUAAAAAAAUUCCUGCUGCGAUCAACUCAGAAUUACCCACUUUGUUCCAUAUUAAAAAGCCACUAAACAAUACAAGUUGCCUUACAUGUAUGAGCUACUUCUUUCAUUCAAUAAACAUGCAAAUCUUUCAAAAACUUAUUAGAAGAUUUUAGUGUGAUCAGGGAGAAACAAUGGUUCACUAAGCACUGAAGCUGCAAGUAAUCUAUUCAAGGUCUGUCUAAAUGACUGUUAAAAGAGUAUCAGCUGCAUAAUAAGAACACGAUCAGUCAAAUAUAGUGGGUCCUGUCAGUGAUGUAUUAUACAUGUUUCCUGACAUCACUUAAAAAUAAAAAAAAACUUGCAUUAUUCCUUUACCUUUUCUGCUUAUUGCUCUGUAAAUAACAGAAAAAUGGUGGCAAUUUACAAAAUAUAUUUGUGAAUGUUUUCAUCAUAUCUUUAUCUCUCCUGUCAGGAUAUGUAAAGUUUUCUUGUGAAUGUUAAAAGAGGUGAUUUAAUUAAAUCAUCUUCUAUUGUCAGUUUAGUGGCUUCUUAAAUGGCAAUGGGGGCAGCCAUUUUGUGAGAUGAGCUAAUAUUCAUUUUUUCAUCACAUUCAUAUUUUUUCAUCAUAUCUUUAUCUCUCCUGUCAGGAUAUGUAAAGUUUUCUUGUGUUUGUUAAAAGAAGUAACUUACUUAAAUAAUCUUCUAUUGUCAGUUUAGUGGCUUCUUAAAUGGCAAUGGAGGCAGCCAUUUUGUCAGAUGAGCUAAUAUUCAUGUUUCUUGUAUAUUAACAAUGACACUGCUCCCUAGUAAUGUGAUAAGCUGAGCAAAGUACUUCAUGUACAAUUUUAGGACUGCCCCUUGGUGAGAGCCCAGAGGACCAAAUGGAAAUUACAGCAUGGAGGGGUUACGAUUCGCAGCAAGUUGAAUCACCAUGUGCUCGUCCACAUUACUAGGGAAGAGGACAGGUCAGGGGAGGUUCUUUGCACUCCUGGGAAUCAAAAAAAGCUCAGACAAACACUCCCAGAGAACAUUAUUGUUUGAACAAAGUGAUAACUGAUGUCACAAUUCCUAGUGAAUUGAUAGGUUGGGGAGUAUUUGCUCUGCCCACAAAAUGGCUACCACCACUGUAUGUAGGCUUUAAGGGAGCUAUAUUCAUAAUAAUAAUACUAAUUGUGAAAUAACAUGUUUUAAAAGUCAGUGCAACAGGUCCCUUACUAGCAAGAUACAUGAAGGUCACUCAAUGAUUAUAAUAUAAUUGUAGAAUCCUUACCAAGAGGAAAACAAUGUAUGUAAAAUGUAAAAGAAAAAUAUAUUUUUGAGCACAUUUUUACAAACAUGAAAUAAUAGGAUUAAAAAAUAUUUAUGAGAAUUAAUGUAUGCUGUAUUUCAUAACUGGACCUUGGUAAAAUGGUUCUUGGUUCCAUGCAUGGUGCUGAUGUCAUAAAUUUGUUAAGCAUGAAGGAAAAUUAAUGAUACUCUAUAUACCAAAAGCAUUAAGUGGGAAGAUGUGUUUAUAUAUAUAUAAAAUCUCUCUUAUUGGAAAUAUGUUUAUGAAACGCCUCCAAUUAAUGUUCCACAAUAUUUUUGGAGCACUUUACCAGUAUUUUAAGUACAUUUUUCUCUGUGUCCUCUGCUUGGUGAGAUUGUGAAAUCUGUGUUAUUAAUGAAUUCCUAUGGCGACCACAGUUGCAUUGCUCAUUUGCACUUAGUGACAAGAGAAUACAUCACAUUAUGGCAAAUUCUCCCACAGGAAAGUCAAAAUGAAUAUUUCCAUGAAUCCUGGUGGGGUAAUAUGAAAAUAAAGUUUUUAGAUUUUACUUUCCCCUUUUUUUUUCUUAGCUAGUUCUUUAUAAUUAUCUAUGGCCAUAGGUCUCAUUGUUUAUGAAACAACUGAACUACAUACACUUAAAAUAGCAAAAAAAGAGACAAAGUAAACACAGAAUAGAGUUGAUAUUAAUAGAAGUACUGAUUAGAUUCAUGAUAAGCAUCAGCAGUAAAUACCAAUACCAUACCAAUAGCAUUACUUCAGGUUACUAGAUAAUUUACAGGCUCAGUGUACUAGAUACACAGGGUCGGAUUAAGGGCCACAUGGGCCUGGAGCUGAAAAUGUACAAGGUCCUACUGUGAGGAGGAGGAGCUGUGAUCAGUGUGUGUGUGGGUUGGGCGAGAGCAACAUGGGUGUGUACACGUCAUACACUAUCAGCUCCACUGUUUCCCUAAGUACAUAAAAAUACAGAAAUUGCAUACAUUCCUGAGAAAAUGGCUGACUGUGUGGCCAACAGGGAGGCUGGUCAUCAACAUGCUGCCAUUAUGAUGGGCCUAUUUUUAUGUGGAGGCCUGGAGCUGGAGCUCCAUCCGUCCCAUUGUUAAUCGGGCCCUGCAGAUACAGUAUAUUUUUUUUAUUCUGUGUGAACAAAUAUUCAUGGUAAUAGAUAUGCAUUAGAUAUAAUGUCAUCUUCCCAUGUAAUGACAAACUAGUAAAGGGAACCAUCAUAUGCAAGGGCACUCAGUAAAACCCAUUCCCUGUACCCAAGUCUGCACCAUCUCCACUGCAUCCAACCACAUGCCCGCUGUAAACCAACAACAUACUCAGGGGCGCUUCAAGAGAGGAGGAGGCCCGUGCUCUGCCUCCUCCAUUCGGGCCCCUUCUUCUCUGCCGCCAAGCUGGAGAAUUUGAGCACUAGAGGGCUCAGAAUCUACUGCGCAUGCGCAGAUCACUGGGGAAAUGGCUGCUGCGCCAUUUUCAUGGUGAUUCCACAGCAUUGCUGACAUCAUCGUGGGAAUCAAAAAAAUGGGUGCAGCGUGUAUGGUGGGGGCCCCCUCUGGACCCAGGGGUCUGUGUGCACCGCACACACUGCACCCAUUAUAGGUACGCCAGUGCACGUACUGUCCUCUUUGGCUGGUCUGUCCCAUCACUGAAGUGGGAGCCAUUGGAGGGGAGGGUGUGUGCUGCUGGCAUACACACUGACACUUACUGCACAUGUCAGAGAUGGGACAGACCUUAGCUCAUGAUUAUAUAGACCUUACUGUAGCUGAUUAUUAUAUACAGUCGAUGCAGAACUGAGAAUACAAUACAAUCAAAGAUGAGGAUUCUUCAACCUGUGCCCUUGUAAAAUUAACAUUUUGGCAAUCCAGAAUAUAAUAUAUGCGCAUUUUGCUUUAAAUGUGCACCUUGUGUCACUCACCCGUACUACAUGAGUAUAGACACAUUCAGAAAUCUACUGUAACUAAAUUUCUUUAUUGCAAUAGUGAAAGUGCUCUCAGACAUAAAUGGCAUUUGGAGUAUUUUUAUAAAUUAGACAAAAGACUAAAACAGAAAUGUAACAACAACACAAAAUGAGAACAUCUCAUAAAAAGUUACCUGGAAAACCUCAUAAAGAAAUCUUUCAAUUGUUUUCAAGAUACAGAAAUAGAAUGAUUCCAAUAUCUACUUAUACAGUAAUACAUGUUGUAUAUGUAUAUGCUCAAUUGCAAUUUCCAUCACAUCCUACUUAAUUGUCAAACUUGCCUUUGAAAUAUGAUAUAACCUACUUAUUUUCUUACCAAUGCUUAAAGGAAGUGUUCCUAGGAUACAGAAGGUGUUAAAUGUCCUGUGUGCCUUUAUCAAUCUAUACAGGAAGUGUACUUACCCACCUAACAAGCACAUCCUAUCACACUAAAAUCAUUUAACUCACCCCGCUUGUGUACAAUUUUGUGUAAUGAAUUCAUAAAACAAAUAAUUUCUAAGAAAAACAUUUUUUUUUGCAUUUUUGUGUAAUAUAGUGAUGUCAUGUAAACCUUUAUCUUAAAUAUUCCACAGAUAUGUCCUCUUUCCUUAUAUGCUGUGUAUUACCCUAGGGAUGGCCAUUGACCAUUGUUAGUUACAAGCCAUCAAUGGUUUUCUACCAAUGGUUGAUGGUUUUUCCAUAAAUGGGCAAGAACCAAUGGUUCUCCACCAUCAGUGGCAGAGGUUCAGCAUUAGUGUUCUGCUUUUAGCCUGCACAGGGGGUAUAGAGCUUAGCCCCAUGCCUGAUGUGUGGAUAAGUCCUGCAUAUUUCCCUAAUUGGCCCACUGCCCAUGUGCAGCACAAGCAGAAAUAGCCUUCUAUUGUUUUAUGUUAUCUAUGCUAAGCACCAAUGGCACAAUUGAUGGAGACAACCGGUGGAUAGACCUCUGAUGACCAUCCCUGUGUUUCACUUAAAACAAUCUAUGACAGGGAUGCAGUUAAAAUCCCAGUGAUUGUGAUCCUGGCGGGCAAAAUACCAAUGCUGGGAACCUGACCUCCGAGAAUGCAGACAGCUGUGCCAGGGCUAUUCCCACUCGUGGGUGUCCACGACACCCAUAGAGUGAGAAUAGAACCUGUGGCGAGCGUAGUGAACCACCGAGCCCGCAAGGGGCUUUCUAGAGCUCGCCCCGCUGCCAGCAUUAUGGUGGCCAGGAUCCCGGCAUUGGUAUUCUGGCCGCCGGGAUCCCAGUCGCCGGGAUUCCAUACCCAACCCCUAUGACAUGCUCUAAAGUGACUUUAUGGUCUACUCUAGUAAUAUAUUUAGAUCUCAGGUUACUACAUUUGUAUUGAUCAAGUUACAAUUUACUUUCAAUUAUAAAUAUACAAGAUUUAACACAUGGGGCAAGAUGCAAUGACACCCAAGUUCGGUGGCCGUGCGGACAUUUUUUUUUAAACGGACAAUCACUUACAAGGCAUGGUUUUGCCUUGUAAGGGAUUUCCCCUUUUUAAAAAAUAUUUGAGUACAGUCGGCAUCCUGCACAGCCACCGAAAUCAAGUGUCAUUACAUCUGGAUCAGUAUACCAACAAUACUAUGCUGUCAAUGCUCUUAGUCAUACCUAUUUAAUGACCUUAUUUAUGAAGCUUUUCAACCUUCAGCUACGGUCAGAAAAGAAGAAUUAUCACACUUUAUGUAAUUUAUUGUAGUUCUCUUUUGUCGAUAAUUUCUUCCAUUGCCCUGACUAGCAAACCAGACUCCAAAACAAACAACCCCAACAAUCCAGCAUACUCACCCCUAUUAUACUGCCUAAACUCUAGAACAGGCAAUACAAACAAUCUAGCUUAAUGGCUUCAACAUGCAGUAUGGAUUAUAUCAUCCAUAGCUACUAUAGGCCCUCCUCUUUGUGAAGACAUGAUUUCUUUAGGCACUUUAAUAAACUUAUAACAGUAUUAUUUUGUUACUUGUGAUAAAACAACUUGAUUAAUCUGGGCCUCCAUUUUGUAUAAUCACCUAACACUGUGAGAAAUCUGUUAAAACAAAAUAUCUGUUCUUAUGAAAAUGUUCAUUUAAAAAAUGUAUGCGUGAUAUGUGGUUAUUUAGAAAGUACGAGUAUAUUACCAACAAAAUUCACCACAAACUUGCUUGCUAGUUUGGAAAUAGUGAGGUCUGAUGAAUAUGUAUAGAUGCUACCUAGCAUAGCUUUGCUUUCAAUGUAAAAUGUACUUUUAUAUUUCAAUAUAUUUUAAUUAGUUAACCUCAGGUAGACAGAGCCAGAUCUAACAGAUGGAUUUAUUGUGAAACUGUUUGUGUAUAAGAAUAAGAGACCCUUUGAAAUUAUUCUUUUGCUGACACAAGGAUGCAUUGUCAUCUAGCCAUAACAAGACAGUUUCUAUGCGACUGUCUAUAAUAGAUCCCAAAUUUAAAUUUGGGAAUAAAAUGUACAAUGCAAAACAUUACGACAUGUAACCUGUGUGCUUCUAUAAAUAAUGUACAAAAAUGUUGGGGUCUAUAUAUUAAGGUAUUUUUGGAGCAGAAAAUGUUGGUGCCAUUAUGAUGGCUGCCAUCUUGAAUCUCAUUUACCAUGUCUAAAUGAGAAUCAUUUUUGUAUUCACAUUUGAGGAAGAACUACAUUGGUGCUACUGUAUAAGAAAAAAUGUUCAGUAAAGCCAACUUUAGGUGCACAAUUUGCAAUGAAAAAAAAGCAACCAAUCAACAUGUAGCUAGUGUAAGUUGCACAAUCACAGCAAUCAUCUGAUUGGUUUGUCUAAAUGCAAUUUAAAUAAUUGAAUCCUAUUGAAUAAUCUGCACAAUGUGAAACCAUUUAAAGGAAACAAAUAGAGUAUUUAUUAAGAAACCAACCAAUUUUAUUCCUGUAAAUAUUUUUUUAAAAUUGGAAAACUGUAGUGAACAAUGGCCCUCAUUCCGAGUUGUUCGCUCAUUAUUUUUCUUCGCAUCGGUGCGAUUUUCCGCUAACUGCGCAUGCGCAAUGUUCGCACUGCGGCUGCGUCAAGUAAAUUUGCUAAGAAGUUUGGUAUUUUACUCACGGCAUUACGAGGUUUUUUCUUCGUUCUGGUGAUCGGAGUGUGAUUGACAGGAAGUGGGUGUUUCUGGGCCGAAACUGACCGUUUUAUGGGUGUGUGUGAAAAAACGCUGCAGUUUCUAGGAAAAACACGGGAGUGGCUGGAGAAACGGGGGAGUGUCUGGGCGAACGCUGGGUGUGUUUGUGACGUCAAACCAGGAACGAAACUGACUGAACUGAUCGCAGUGGCAGAGUAAGUGUCGAGCUACUCAGAAACUGCUAAGAAAUUUCUAUUCGCAAUUUUGAGAAUCUUAUGUUCGCAAUUCUGCUAAGCUAAGAUUCACUCCCAGUAGGCGGCGGCUUAGCGUGUGCAAUGCUGCUAAAAGCAGCUUGCGAGCGAGCAACUCGGAAUGAGGGCCAAUAUUAGCAGUAAACCAUAUAUUACGGAAUGGAAUAUGUUAUGAUGGGACUGAAGACACUGAUACAUUUUUGGCCAGUAAAUAUAUAAGUAUUGUUUACAUUUUUAUGUGUUUAGUAUUUAUUUUUUUCUUUACUACAGAGCUUUUGCUCAAAUAAUUUAUUCUGAAACCUUUUUAAAAAAAAAAAAAAAUGGACCCAACUUUGCUUCAAAAUUACCAUAAAGCAUGGACCACCAAUAUUAUUUAACCUUUAUUAAGCUAAUCACUUAAAGCAGCAUUUUCUUCACUCUCAGUACCAAGAAAUGUUAUUAUUUACUGAACGCUGCACCGUCCGUUAUGUGUAUGAGUGCAAAAGAUUAUAAUAUAUGGCAAUUGUAACCCUGGAUAUUAUAUCAACAACAAAAAGAUAAAUCAAAAUAAUUAUAUGCUAAUGAAACCCAA